AUGCAGAAUGUUCAGUAUUUGAAUGUUGUGCAAGAUUUAUAUGAUCAAUGUCCAGGAUACAAACCACUUGUGCACAAGUUCUUAAAAUCCGUAAUCAAUAAUAAGUCAGGACAAUUCGAUGCAAACAAUGAUGCAAUUCAUGUACUUAGAUCAGCAUUUGCAAUGAAAUACCCAAGAAGGGAUACAAGCAGUCCAGGAACUAAAGCAGUUUUUGAUAACUUUGUUACAUUGAUGAAACAAAAUUCAACAAAUGAAAAUUAUGCUUUGUUUUUAAGAUAUUUAUCAUUGUAUACAACAGGUCACAUAACACAUAAGAUGUUUAUACGUCUUUUCCUUCCUUUACUUCAACAGCCAGUGACUCCUGAAAAUCCUGUAAUUCGUGAGUUGCCAAAAUUCAUGUCUUCUGUUAAUUCUGGUGUUUUCUACGAAGCACAAAAGGUUUUCAAGAAUGAAUUCGACGAAUUAGCUACAGAACUCGUUAUUUCUGCAACUGCAGCGAAGCCAUCAGCCGAGUAUUCGAAAUCAUUAGCGAAAUGCUUGACAUUACUAUCCGACGGAUGCAUUAGACCAGCAGUCGCUAAGCAGUGGCUCUCAGUUUUUUGUAAACCAGAUUUAAUUAAGCGUUUGGACAACAUUGAUGACUUUUCAAUGUUCUAUCCUGGCAGAUUUUCAGCUGAUAUCGUGUUCUCCGAUACUCUUCAAGAGACAUUACCUCCUAAAAACGUUUUCGACUUAUAUCAAAAUUCAAUUGCAAGGAGAUAUGACCCGCACAACCUUGCAGCUGUAUCUUCCGAUAUUCUAGAGCUCAAGAUGCGCCAACUCAGGCACUUAAUCCUUAGCCUUGCCAUUGGAGAUCCAGGUACAGCGAAUCAACUUAGUUUUGUAUACGGAUUAGAGAACUCCAAAGAGAUCCUUGGAAAACUUCCGAACCAUUCCAUCCCCGUUGUCAUGCGUUUGGUUGCUUUAUUCGAAGAUUGUUACAAAACAUUAAGUUCUCUUACGUAUCACAAGAUGAAAAACUAUCCGGUUGAUGAUCCUGAGUACAGAAUAUUAUACAAACGAUUGUUAAACCAUAAUACGUUCGCAUUUUACUAUGAACUUCCAGGAUCUCGUUAUAUUGACUUUGUUUCAGUUCAUACAGCUCAGGUUGCAUUGGCAUUUGUCGGAUUCUUCAAUGAAAUAUACUUUUCCGGAGAUCAAAAAGAGAAAAUUGAGAAAUCUCUUCAAUCUCUUUUCCCUCUCUUUGAUACUUCUAAUUUAGGACAUUUCUAUGUUGUUAAUGAACAUCCGAUUCACUCAAUCGUUUAUCUUUCCGAAAUAGCUCGAAUUUUGUCAUUAUCCGGAAAUUGUGACGAAGUAAACAUUGAUGACAAGUUCACAUUCUCAGAUGAUCAAAAUGGAUUUGGUUCAGAGUUAAUAGACCUCAUAACUUCAAUGACGAGCGAAGAAAAUACAAUUAAAGGUCAAAUGAGCAUCAUUGAUCUUCCUCUCAUUAGAACACUUCGCGCCCUCAGCAGUUUUGAAUCAUAUACAUUACCAGAAUUCCCUGAAAACGUUGACCAAGUCAACAUCUACAUGACUAUGACUCAAACUGUUAACAGAGAGAAUAAAUUCGGUAUCACAUGCACAAGCGCGUUCUCUCCAUGCUUCGUAGAUGUUGUUAAUGAUCCAGCAAUACUUAGAGAAGAACAACAAACAACAUUUUGA